GAUUUUCUUUUGUAUUAACAUUCAUACAAACCCUAAUAAGAUGGAUAUUCCCUUUCCCUCUCUCGUCCGCAAGCUCUCCGUCGCGCGGCGCCUCUCUCGGUCGUGACUCUCACGGCCUCGCCGCGACACCGCCGUCUCGCUCGACCAUCGACGCCUCCCUCUCUCGCUGCUCUACAGUUCGAAGCGCGAUCGUCUUCGUGUCCACAACUCUCCCUUCGUUCCAUCCUCUUCAGGGUUGAAGGCCCGCUCGGGGACGCGCGGUUUCGCAAUCCUCAGCUGCUUCGCGCGCGAUUCGCCUCUCCUCAAUGCGCGAUCGAGAAGCAUGGGCAGCGCGAGCAAGAUGCGGGGACCGAACCGUUGGACCGCUCAAAUCGGAAGUUUCAGUCUUCGACUUAUUUGGCACUUUAUACAUUUUAUUAUCAGCACAUGGUUCUUUGUGCUGGGAUUAGCUGGUGCAGUUGAUAGUUAUCUCAUCUCAAGUGGACUGUUGAAGAAAUAUAAUGACCUUAAUCUGGGGAAGCUCCGGUAUUUGGCCAUUGUGGUGGAUAGUGAUGAAGCUCGGCAGACUUCGAAAGUUAUUAAACUUCUGCAGUGGCUGUCUGAUAUUGGCGUGAAACAUGUAUGCCUAUAUGAUGAAGAAGGGGUCUUGAAGAAAUCUAAGGAUGCUAUCUUGGAGAAGUUGGGCCAUAUCAGAUUAUUUAAGGAAACUGAUGAGAUUAUACCCCUUGACAAAAAAAACAUGACCCUUGAACUUGCUUCACCAUCUGAUGGGAAGGAAGCUGUGGCAAGAGCUGCUAAUUUACUUUUCUCAAAGCAUUUGGAACUGAGAAAUACCACAGAGGAUCAGGGGGAGAAUAUUUUUACAGAAGCUCAUAUGACUGAGGCACUCAGAGCUGUUGGUUGUAGUGGGCCAGAUCCUGACCUCCUAUUAGUUUAUGGACCUGCAAGAUGCCACUUAGGUUUCCCCCCAUGGAGGCUCCGAUAUACAGAGAUUGUACACAUGGGACCCUUGAAAUCCAUGAAAAAUGGUUCAUUAAUGAAGGCUAUUUACAAAUUCACAUUGGUUCGCCAAAAUUAUGGUAAAUGAGACGUCUGCGAGAAGAUCAAGAUAUGGACAACGGGCAAUGUAUAUUUGGGAACAACAUCGUUUCACCAUUUUCAUAGAUUGAACGGGUAUAUUUUGUACAAACACUGAAUGUACACUGGAAUGUUGGGCAAGAAAAUCUAGUCUGAUGGUCCUACAUCGUUGUCAGCUCGAUCAAUUUUCUUUGACUGGGAGUGAAAAUGGGAAAGUGAGCAAACUCUAUAAGCAGGGAUAUUCUGACUCAUAUUUUGUAAUAAUGAGUUGUAAGUGAAUUAUAAAAAUAUAAAGGUCUAGCUAAAA